CAACAACGCUCACAUCACACACAAAACACACCAUGAUCGGCCUCAAGGGACGCUUGAACGUCAUCGACAACUCGGGCGCCGUCAUCGCCGAGGUGAUCAAUGUGAUCAAGGUCAAGACGCGUGCCAAGUCGACCGGACAUGCGAGCGUUGGCGACGAGGUCACCUGCGUCAUCAACAAGGCCCGUCCCAUCUCGCUCGGCGCGGCCACGACCAACGUCCAGAAGGUGCGCCGCGGCGACGUGCGCCGCGCGGUGAUCGUGCGCACCAAGAAGCCACUGCAGCGCGACGACGGGCGUGUGGUCCGCUUCGACGACAACGCCUGCGUCCUCCUCAACAACAAGGGCGAGGUCCUCGGCACACGCAUCACGGGCGUCGUGUCGGCCGAGCUGCGCAAGAUUGACGGCGGUGCCGACCCCAACGGCCGCUGGAGCAAGGUUCUGUCCUUGGCACCAAAGAUCAUCUAGUUGUUUCGUCGCUGGCAUUGAGCAUGUAUUGCAUUACUUAUCGG